ACGCAGGCGCAGUGGUCGCGGCCCGAGGGACGCCCCCUGGCGGAGGCGGGAAGUGGCGGGGCCUGGCCGUGAGGUGGGGGGCGGUACCGGGAAGGAACCGGGAGCGGCAUCGGAACCCGGAUCAGGAUCGGAACCCGGAUCGGGAUCGGAACCCGGAUCGGGAUCGGAACCCGGAUCGGAACUGGGGCGGGCCUCGAGCCGGCACCGCUAUGAUCCGCUUCAUCCUGAUCCAGAACCGGGCCGGGAAGACACGCCUCGCCAAGUGGUACAUGCAGUUCGACGACGACGAGAAGCAAAAGUUGAUCGAGGAGGUUCACGCUGUGGUCACCGUCAGGGACGCCAAACACACCAAUUUUGUCGAGUUCCGCAAUUUCAAGAUAAUUUACCGCCGCUACGCCGGGCUCUACUUCUGCAUCUGCGUGGAUGUCACUGACAACAACCUGGCCUACCUGGAGGCCAUCCACAACUUCGUGGAGGUACUCAAUGAGUAUUUCCACAACGUCUGUGAGCUCGACCUCGUGUUCAACUUCUACAAGGUGUACACAGUGGUAGAUGAGAUGUUCCUGGCGGGGGAGAUCCGCGAGACGAGCCAGACCAAGGUGCUGAAGCAGCUCCUGAUGCUGCAGUCCCUGGAGUGAGCCAAAACCCCCCCAGAUCACCCCAACAAAAUCCCCAAAAUCACCCCAGCAUGGGGGGCUUCUCCCCUAUCCGUCAGUGUUAUCGUGGUGUGCAAAAAAAGUGAGUUAAUGUCAAUUAAAGCAACCAAAACAUGAACAAAAGUGGAAUAAAGUGAAUUAAAAACAGGAGGAAAACAUGAAUAAAGAAAAAAAAAGUGAUUCAUAGUCAUAAAAAAACUGUGCAGAAGUGGAAUAAAGUGAAAAAAAGGGACCAAAAAGUUACUGAGGUGUGAAUAUAGAGAAUUAAAUGGAUGAAAAAGAGAAUAAAAGGAACCAAAAUAWGAGAAUAAAGAGAACAAAAAGUGAGUAAAAAGUGAUUGAUUA